ACACAAUGUUCCCCAUAAUUGAUAAUACCCUAUUAAUUAGCUAUGAAAAUUCCAACAAAAAUCCCCAUUAUACAUUUCCUUCUUCUAAUUUGUUUCCUAAGAAAAAGUUUCAAACUUCUUGUUGUUCUUUUUGCCCCAGGCCAAACUAAGGCCUGGUUAUGGUCUGAUGGCGGCCAUGGCAAAAAGAACAGCCACGCCUCAAUGUUCUUGAGGUUCUCGUCAAAAAAAUUCUUUCCCCACCUUCAAACUUCAUGAAAUUACUCUGAAUCUAAUUAACAUAUUCACCCUUUUCAUCCGUCUCAAAAAAAUUGUUCGUUUUUUUAUAAUAUAAUCAGUUUCCCUCUUAAAGUUCCCAUUUCUUUUGUUGUGUUAUUCUUUGGAGUAUUACGGAACAAAUUUUUUUUUUUAAAAUGGCGCCUGGCUUUGUAAGAACAAGUUCAAACAUCGAAGGAGAAAACCCAGGAGUAACAGCAAUUGCGGUUGAUAUGGGCAAGAACAGCCAUUUUGCUGUGAAAUGGGCUACAGACAAUCUCUUGAAAAAGGGCGACUCUUCCUCUUGCAUUCUUGUUCAUGUCCACCACAAACCAGCUCCCAAUCAGAACCCAAAUGGGCCAUCCAAGAAGGAGCUGCAGCAACUAUUCCUUCCGUUCCGAGGAUUUUGUGCCAGAAAAGGGAUUAAAGCCCAGGAAGUGCUUCUGUUUGAUACAGAUAUAGCAAAAGCUCUCUUAGAGUUCAUUGCCAAGAACUCCGUAGCGACUCUGGUCAUUGGUGCCACCAACAAGAGUGCUUUCUCCAGCCUUUCAACAACCCUACUCCAGGCCGCACCGGAUUCCUGCUCCGUCUACGUCAUCUCCAAGGGCAAACUCCAGAGCUUGCGGCUAGCAAAUCAGCCGCCGCCGCCGCCGCAUAACCACCAGCUCCCUCCGCCGAGCCCCGACCAACAGUCCGAAGUAAUGUCGGUGUCGGAGUACAGCUACAGCCAGGGGAGCUUCAGGAGCGAGUUAUCGUCCGACAGAAUGUCCGUCGAGAGCAGCGAAUCCGCCAGUGUUACCAGAAUGUCGGCGAACAGAGGCGGCGGCGGGUAUGGCAGAACACCAGCUGUACCUUCGGGGCAUCAUCAUCAAGGCAGGAUGAUCAGUAGGUUGCCCGCGGCGGAAUCUGCCGGCAUGUCGAAUUUCAGCGAGGCUUCGUCGGCGUCGUCGUUGUCGUCGGCGGUGAUGACGAGGAACUUUCAGUAUGUCGAUGCGGCGUCGUAUGAGAGCAAUAAUAAUAGUACGGAGUUCUCUGGAUUGUCGCCUAGUUCUACCAGCUCAAAUAAUUCAUCCGAAAACAUGAAAAAUCUCGAUGCUUACCAUUCCAUUUGCAAAGAUGCUGCCACGGCCAAUCAAAUGAUGACAAAACCGCAAAAUUUCCAUUCUCGUGAAUCCGAAUCCGACGAGGAUUCCACUAUGUCCUUGAACCUCGGGAUUUCAACACCGGAAAUCGAAUUACAGAGGAACAAGGCGGCGAGAAUAUCACAACUAUUGUCGGAGAUGGAAGGUCAGAAGAAGCAAAAUGCAGAAAUGAUGAGAGCCAAUUACAAGCAAGCUCUAAGAGAUAAGAACCACCACAACUCUAGAUCGACGGAGUCGCUUGCAUAUUACGGCGGCAGCCAAAAUCCUAUUGUUCAGUUCAGAGAGUAUAACAUCCAAGAUAUAGAGAUGUCGACGAACCACUUUGCCCCGUCGAAAAAGAUUGGUGAAGGUGGGUAUGGACCUGUUUAUAAAGGCAUAAUCGAUGACGUUCCUGUCGCGAUCAAGGUUGUCAGACCAGACUUGUCUCAAGGACAAAAACAGUUCCAAAAAGAGGUCGAGGUAUUGAGCACCGUGAGACACCCACACAUGGUGAAUCUCCUGGGCGCAUGCCCUCAAUACGGGUGCCUGGUCUAUGAGUACAUGGACAAUGGGAGCUUAGAAGACCGUCUCAUGAGGAAAGACAACACCCCGUCGAUCCCAUGGCCCACGAGGUUCAAGAUAGCCUCCGAGAUCGCCACGGGCCUGCUCUACCUCCACGAGCACAGGCCUGAGCCCAUCGUCCACCGUGACCUCAAGCCCGCCAACAUCCUUCUGGAUUCCAACUACGUUAGCAAGAUAGGGGACGUGGGUCUCGCGAGGCUCGUCCCGGGGGCCGCACCAAACAGUAACGUGACACGAUACCAUAUGACUGCAGCGGCAGGGACAUUUUGUUACAUUGACCCGGAAUACCAGCAGACAGGGCUAUUGUCCGUGAAAUCGGACUUGUUCUCACUCGGCGUGGUUCUGUUGCAGCUCAUCACGGGGAAACCCCCAAUGGGGUUGUCGUACCAUGUCGAAGAAGCCGUCGAGAACGAGAGGUUCUCGACGGUUCUUGACCCGACGGUUAAGGAUUGGCCCGUGGAGGAGGCUCUGUCGCUCGCCAAGCUGGCAUUGCAGUGUUGUGAGCUGAGGAAGAAGGAUAGACCUAGCCUUGGGAAUGUAGUGCUUCCGGAGUUGAACCGGUUGAGAGAUUUUGCUGUGGGUUUCUCGUUGGGUUGUCCAGAAGACAUGGAUGUUGCACCACCACACCAUAACGAGGAACUUUUCAGAAGAUGAAAGUGGGAAAAUGGUGGCUAGCUAGCUCAAAAGGGGAGGGAAGGUUUUGUGUUGGUCUUCAUGUUAUUCAAGUUUCCAACUUUGUUUAUUUAGAUGGGGAUAUUCAUUUGAUUCAUUUCCAUUAUUAUUGUGGAGAAUAAUCAUGAAACAAUCUAUGAAAGAAAAAGAGGUGAGACAUGCAAGGGAAAGAAGUCAAGAACUAUUGAAAGUUUUGAGAGAAAAAUGUGAAAGGGUAGGGAUAUGGAAGAAGAGGUGGGGAAAGAAUUAUUGACUCAUUUAGAUUGUAAAUUUUUCUGUCUAAUAUUUUUUAGAUUCAAUUAUGUUUUUAAUUCUAUCUUAAUUUUUUUAAUCAAAUCAAUACAAAAUAAUGAUAAAUAUCUCAAA